AUGGCGUGGCUCCAUCAGAGUCGAGCUUCUCCCAGACUUGUCCUGGUGGUGGUGUGUGUCGCACUGCUGCUUGACAACAUGUUGCUUACAGUGGUCGUGCCAAUCAUCCCAACAUUCCUCUACGCCCUGGAGCAUCCCAGUCCGGAGCCCCAGACCGCCCAGCCCUCCCUGCUGCCCCUCCCCAGCCACAGAGCUGGUCUCCUGGGGACAGACACGGAGACGCCUGUCCCCACCUCCUCUCCUCUAGUGUCUCUGUUUGACAACACGACCUUCAGGCUGCAGGAGAUCCGGCCCAAGCCGACCUCUGACCCCGAGCUGACGCACCAGGUCAACGACACCUCGGCUGCUACAGACUCCCCUUGUCUUCAGGACAGGUGGUUCCUGGAGCAGGAGAAUGUCCGUGUAGGUCUGUUGAUGGCGUCCAAAGCUCUGGUCCAGCUGUGUGUCAACCCCUUCGUGGGCCCGCUCACCAACAGGGUCGGGUAUCACAUCCCCAUGUUCGCUGGAUUCUUUAUCAUGUUUGUGUCGACCAUCAUGUUUGCGUUCUCAGGGACGUACGCUCUGUUGUUCUUCGCUCGCUCGCUGCAGGGAAUCGGAUCGUCCUUCUCUUCGGUUGCAGGUCUGGGUAUGUUGGCCAGUGUGUACACAGAUGACGAGGAGAGAGGCAUCGCCAUGGGCAUGGCACUGGGAGGACUGGCUAUGGGAGUGCUGAUCGGAGCUCCGUUUGGCAGUGUGAUGUAUGAGUUCGUGGGGCACAGCGCCCCCUUCCUGAUUCUGGCCUUCCUGGCUGUGUUCGAUGGAGUGUUACAGUUGUGCAUCCUGCAGCCUUCAAAGAUCUCCCCCGGGAGCGUGGAGGGAACUCCUCUACUGACGCUGAUGAAGGAUCCCUACAUCCUCAUCAGUGCAGGUUCUCUGUGUUUCGCCAACAUGGGCGUGGCCAUCCUGGAGCCAACGCUGCCCAUCUGGAUGAUGCAGACCAUGUGCUCCCCUAACUGGCAACUUGGUUUGGCGUUCCUCCCCGCCAGCAUCUCCUACCUGAUAGGAACCAACCUGUUUGGUGUCCUGGCCAAUAAGAUGGGACGGUGGCUCUGCUCCAUGUUGGGGAUGUUUAUUGUUGGUAUCAGUCUAAUAUGUGUUCCCUUUGCCACCAGUAUCUCUGGUCUGAUUGGACCAAACGGAGGUCUGGGCUUCGCUAUAGGCAUGGUGGACUCCUCCAUGAUGGCCAUCAUGGGCUACCUGGUCGACAUCCGCCACGCCUCUGUCUACGGCAGCGUCUACGCCAUCGCUGAUGUGGCGCUGUGUAUGGGCUUCGCCAUCGGACCAUCCACAGGGGGCGCUCUGGUCCAGGCGGUGGGGUUUCCUUGUCUCAUGGUGCUCAUCGGGGUGAUCAACAUCCUGUACGCUCCGCUCUGCUUCCUGUUACGGAACCCCGCGGUCAGAGAGGAGAAGAUGGCAAUCAUCGACCAGGAGUGUGUGAUGCACACAAAAAGCUAUAACACACAGAAGGAGAUUCGUGAGUUUCCUCUGAGUGAUUACAGUGAAGAAGAGGAGACGGAGGAGUGACACACAGACACACACACACACACACACACACACACACACAUUCUUCUCAAUCAAUCACCUGAACAACCUUGUUCAUCUUUCAUGAAUAAAAAACAAACCUUUAACAUCGUUACCAAGUAAAAACUGUUCAACUUUCAUAUUUCAGCCAGAAAUAUCUUUUGAUGAUUUAUUAAAUUUGAGAUAACAUGGAGCAUUAGAAGUUGUUUCCAGUGAAAACUGUGUGUGUGAAUUUACUUGAAGGAACUUGAUUGAUCUCCGUGAUUUCUUUGAAUAUUCUGGAGCCAAAGUGUUGGAACUGUUCCUGAAUCUAUAUCUGACCUUUGACCUUUGACCU